AUGGCAUCUGAAGCCCACAAUGGUAGAAAACAGAAAGUAUUACAUAUCGAAGGUCAUCCCAUUGAUCUCCCCAGAAAAAGGAUCUCCUCUUCCACUAAAAAGAUCAUGAAGGAGGGUAAGAAAUCUCCAAAACAGCUGGCUUCAUACACAAACAGAAUAACAGUUGGAAAAACAGUGACCAGCCCUCUCUCUCUUUUCAAAGUAGUAUAUUGUAAAAGAAAAGUUCAUUGUUAUAGUCCAAAGCCUUGUUACAGAAAGAAGCAGUUCCCUAAAUCUAGGGGCUGUGACAUGGCAAAUAAAGAAAAUGAACUGGCCUGUGCAGGGAACCUGCCAGCGAAGCUGCACAACGACACUCGCAGCCACUUGCUGAAUUCCACCGACUCUGGCUCCUCUCAGACAGAAGGGUCCUCCUCCAAAUACAGUGGAUUCUUUUCAGAGGUUUCUCAGGACCAUGAAACUAUGGCUCAAGUUCUUUUCAGCAGGAAUCUGAGGCUGAAUGUAGCUUUAACUUUUUGGAGAAGGAGAAGCAUAAGUGAACUGGUAGCCUACUUAGUGAGGAUACAGGAUCUUGGGGUGGUGGUGGACUGCCUUCCUGUGCUCACAAACAGUUUACAGGAAGAAAAACCAUAUAUUUCAGUUGGCUGCUGUGUAGAUCUUCUGCCUUUGGUGAAAUCACUGCUUAAAAGCAAAUAUGAAGAAUACGUGAUAGUUGGUUUAAACUGGCUUCAGGCUGUCAUUAAAAGAUGGUGGUCAGAACUAUCUGCACAUACAGAAAAGGCAGAGGAUGGAAAUAUUCCUAUUUUAAAACAGCAAUUAAGUGGAUUAUGGGAACAGGAGAAUCAUCUGACUCUGGUUCCAGGAUAUACUGGUAAUAUAGCUAAGGAUGUAAAUGCUUAUUUAUUACAGCUACACUGA